CGAGUGUUUGCUAUUUCGUCACAUAUUGACGAACGUGCGGCACAGGCGUGACAUAUGAAAAUUGAGAGGGGGGGACUCAAAAUAAAACUCAACGGCUUACAGGCGUCAGCAACAAUUGGUCUUUAGUUAUCGAAGAUGAAAGUGUUCGUGGUACUGUGCCUGGUGGCGGCUGCUGCAGCCAUGCCCACCUCCAAAGAGGAUGGAGAAAUGGAGAAGUUCAUAUCGACCCUCCGGGAUUGUGUGGAAACGGAUACCUUGAUGUGCCUAAAGGAAAAGGCGAUGAAGUAUACAGAAAAUCUAGCAACGUCAAAGGAGUUGAAUAUCGUCGAUGGUAUUUCCUUCUCAAGAACAGGCAGUCCACGAUCAGCUCGUUCAUACGAACCACUUCCUGAUGACCCUAAGGCGAGAGAACUGCAGGUGGAGGAAAGGAUCUUGGAUAAUGUGGUCGAUUUCUUGGAUAACCACGUCCUUCAACUGAGAAUGCCGAAGUCCUUUGAAGACGACAACUCUGUCACCGAUGAAGAAGGCCGUGGCAAAAAGAAGAAGAAGCUUAAAAAACUCCUGCCCAUCCUCGCACUUUUGAAGCUCAAGUUUGCUGCUCUUAUCCCACUAUUCUUAGGCAUCAUUGCCUUCGCUGUUUUCAAGGCUUACUUGCUGGGUAAGAUUGCCUUCAUCGCUGCCGCCUUCGGAGCUCUGAAGAAACUCCUGGAUUCUAAGAAGAACAGCGGCGGUGGAUGGGCUGAGCCUGCUCAUGAGGAACACGGUUGGGAAAGCGGCGGCGGUGGCGGUUGGGGCAGAUCCCAAGAGGGUCAGUCUCUCGCAUAUUCCGGUCAUGCUAAACAGGACUAAUUUAAAUCAUCUAGUGAACUAUAUCUAAUCAUUUUGCUGUCAUUCAUCAUUUUAGUAGUCCCUUAAAAGACUUUCAUUCGUAAAGACGACAAGGGCGAUUCCAAUUUUAUUUAUUUAUUUAACCACCGUAUCAUUAAUGACAUAGUAUUCAUGGAUGAGUGUGAGUCGUAUGUCUUCUGAAUGUUUUAUAUUUUUGCAGUAUUUUAUUUUAUUUUUAGUAAUAUUUAAGUUUGCAGACUGAUAUUUAAUUUUUUAUUAUCUAUUUGUGUACUUUAUGUAUAUAAAUGUUUUAUGUAUGUUUAUACUGAAUUAUCAUACUUCAAGUAAGUUUAUUUAUUAUCAUUAUGAUUUUAAAUAUCUUUUAAGUUUUUCAGUUCCAAAGAUUAUAUCCAGUUUUAUUAUUUUUGUUUAUUAUUUUAGUCAAUUAUAUGUGUAUGAAUAUUUAAGUCAUUUUGUAUGUACGAACGUGUUAAUUUAUUAAAAAGAUUGUUGUUAUGAUAAGUUAUUUAUUUUUACGAUGGAUCCUCGUAAAAAGCGAAUAAACGAAAUUAUAAU